AUUUCUAAUAAACUGAUAAAUUUCAGAUUCGAUCGACUCGCUGCGGAGCAUUAUUGUCUGAGAAUUAAACUCCUCGGGGAUUGUUAUUACUGCGUAUCUGGAUUACCCGAGCCAAGACCAGAUCAUGCUCACUGUUGUGUGGAAAUGGGAUUGGAUAUGAUCGACGCUAUUGCGCUCGUGAGAGAGGUCAUGGCGGUGAAUGUUAACAUGAGGGUUGGAAUUCAUACGGGGAGAGUCCACUGUGGCGUACUGGGGCUCAGAAAGUGGCAAUUUGACGUCUGGAGCAAUGAUGUAACUCUUGCUAAUUACAUGGAGAGUGGCGGAAUUCCUGGACGAGUUCACAUUACCAAAGAAACCCUAGACUGUCUGGGCGACGAUUACGAAGUAGAAGAGGGCAACGGCGGAGAACGAAAUUCUUAUUUGAAGGAACACAAUCUCAAGACGUAUUUAAUUGUACCUGGGGACACAUUCAAAGACAAUUUGACGAGCCCGAGUUUGAGAAAGGGCUACUCUGUCAACGGCAAUGUGUCCAAAGAAAUGCGAAUGAUGGGCCACGGAUCACAGCACGGAAAGCAUUCCAAGCUGGGGUUCGGCUGUGAGACAAUUGAGACGGAGAAGGACCCCGAGGAUGAGGUGAACGAGUAUCUCAUGAGGGCUAUUGAUGCUAGAAGCAUCGACAGACUUAGAUCCGAACACUGUACACCUUUUAUCCUGACCUUUCGGAGGCCGGAUAUAGAAGAAAAGUACUCGAGAGAACGAGAUCGAAUGCUGUCGGCGUAUUUCGUUUGCUCGGGAUUCGUUUACGUAAUUGUUGUGGUUGCAAUCGCCAUCAGUUUGUCUGGGAGUAUAUAUUUCUACGUGUGUACUGGAGUGAGUUUAUUAAUUAUUGUUUUGAUAAACAGUAUUCUUCUGGCUGAGAAAAAUGAGAAAAUACCUGAGUGGAUCAGAAAUGUAUCGAUAGCUAUUUUUGAAAACCGUAUGAUCGCUCAAAGUAUUGCGACAAUCGUAGUCUUCCUUACAUUUUUAACUAUUUUGUCACCAUUAGUCACACUAGACAACAGUACAGUGUGUAGUAAUAACACUUGGACAAGAAAAUCUCAUGACAAUUCAACAGUAAUGGUUCAAAUUCCUGGAGCAACAGGACCAUGUUAUUACACCCUAUUCGCUGACUUAUUCCCGGUGCUGGUGAUGCUGGUGAUGGUCACCUGUGCAGUCUACCAGAUCUUGACGUCAGUUUUCAAAGUAGCGGUGCUGAGUAUAAUCGUGGCCUGCUACUUGGCAGUGAGCAUAUAUCAGUCCUCGAAAGAGGAGGACAUUGAUCAAUCAGGGAGAUGGCUGGCCGGAGUGCUGGUGAUAUUCUUCAUGGCCUUCCUGGUGGCUCACUCCCAACAUACAGAGGCGACUUACCGCCUUGACUUCCUGUGGAAGCUCCAGGCGACCGAGGAGAAGGAGGAAAUGGAACAUUUGAAGGCUUACAACCAAAAGCUUCUUGCAAACAUCCUGCCGGAGCAUGUCGCCGCGCACUUCCUCAGAACUGUAAACUCUGAUGAACUCUAUCACGAGCAAUGCGACUUUGUGUGCAUUAUGUUUGCGUCAAUUCCAAACUUCUCAGAGUUCUACGUCGAGCUGGAGGCUAAUAAUGAGGGUGUUGAAUGUCUAAGACUUUUGAACGAAAUAAUUGCCGAUUUUGAUGAAAUUCUUGCGGAGGAUAAGUUUAAGUAUAUUGAAAAAAUUAAAAGCACGGGAGCUACUUAUAUGGCAGCUUCAGGUCUAACAAAAAGUACCUGUGAUAUGAAAGACUACAAACACAUAACAGCGAUGGCAGAUUACGCGUUGCGAAUACGUGAUCAGCUGGCCUACGUUAAUGAACACAGCUUCAAUAACUUCAAGAUGAGGGUCGGGAUCAACAUUGGACCAGUUGUGGCGGGAGUGAUAGGCGCACGUAAACCACAGUACGAUAUCUGGGGAAAUGCCGUUAAUGUUGCCUCGAGAAUGGACUCGACAGGCGUGUUGGAUAGCAUUCAAGUGACACAGGAAGUACGCGAUAUUCUCAGUGCCAAAGGCUAUCCACUUACUUGUCGUGGCCCCAUUCAGGUCAAGGGUAAAGGAAAUAUGAUAACUUACUUUUUGGACGGGCCUAACGAUCCUAACAAACUAAUGGCUACUAUACCUGAAAACGAUUCACACUUUAAUUACAACAAUCUCGAUAUCAGUAGCCUCUCUGUUGACAAAAAAGCCUCACUUGUUAUCACUAGCUAG